AAAAAAACUUAUCAUCAUCGUCCCUCUCUUGUUCACUCUAUCGAAACCAAAAUGGAUUGCAAUUUGCAGACAUCUGUUAUUCCACGAGGCCUUCCUUCCACUGCUACAAACCAAACACGAAGGAGAAGGACGCUUUUUGUUGUUAAAUCAUCUCACCAGAGCGAUAAUUCUACUUCACCAGAUGGAAGUGGAGAGCACCGUUCCAAGGAAGUAAAUGUUUCGAGGCGUCAAUGUCUGACUUGUUUGUGUUCCACUCCAUUUUUGAUUUCAUCCAAUAAUGCAACCGCUCUUGAUAAACCUGCUGGAUGUAGAAAUUGUGGAGGAAGUGGCAACAUCAUCUGUGAUAUGUGUGGUGGUACAGGAAAAUGGAAAGCUCUUAACAGGAAGCGAGCACAAGAUGUUUAUGAGUUCACAGAAUGUCCAAAUUGCUAUGGUCGAGGAAAGCUUGUCUGCCCUGUUUGCUUAGGAACUGGUGUGCCAAACAAUAAGGGUCUUUUGAGAAGGCCUGACGCAAAGAAACUGCUUGAUAAGAUGUAUAAUGGACGGCUAAUUCCCAACUCUUAGAAGUCAUUCUUGUGACCGCAAUUGAAGUGUGAGGCUUGCUAAUCCUGUUUUCGGGCACAAUGACAAUUUUCUAUACUAAGUGGGUGACUGCGAUGGUAAUCAGCUUCUACCAUACAGAACGUGCCCGUAAGCAUAAAUAUUUGCUCAUAUUUUUGGUCUGGAUUCAUUCCAGAACUCUAAUUUUUGCUUGGUUACCGCAUGAUGAAUUUCAAUAUUCUGUACCAAUUAUCCAAUGCUAGGAUUGCCAUAUUCAUGCAGACCAGAUUGUCAUGUAUAGUGUAAACAUUGAGCAAACACUUGUUUGUAGCAAGUAUUGGUAUUUAAGGUUCUAUAUAGUUACCAAAUAAAUAUGCAAAUGUUCAUGCUA